UCGCCCUCGACGGUUCUGCUGUUGCUGUUGCUUCUGCUGCUGUUGCUUCUGCUGCUGUUGCUGUUGACUGUUGCUGUUGCUGCAGCGGGUUGCGUGCUUUGCGUAUUAAUAGCAUUCGCAUUAGCUGAAGGCUGUGUCUGCUGCGUCUUCCUGUCCCGUGCCAGGAGGCUCCGACGCAUCUCUCCUCCCCCGUGGCAGUUCCGUCUCUCAGCACUGUCUCCUCUCUCCUCUCCGUCCCGUCUUCAAUCUGGAGCCUCUCUGCUCUCGCCUUCUGCCGCCAGUGUCUACUUUGUAGCCAUGGCGGACGACAGACAUCACCAUCGCUCGCACCACCGCGCCCGGCGGCCUGCGCCUGCUGCUCCGACCGACGCCUACGACACCGCUGAACUCACCAAGCAGUUCGAGCAGCUAAUGCGCUCCAAACGCUUUAAUCGCCUUCAGGAUCGUUCGAAUCUUCGUUCUCGUUCGCAAUCGCCUGCCUCUUCGCUCCUUCGAUCUCCUGCUGCCUAUCCUCCCCAUCCCUCGAGGGCGCCGCCGCCGCCGCCUAGCAAUGCUGCGGCCCGUCAGCCGUCCUCUCGACGACCUUCUCCUCCUCCCACCCCGAGGACGUUGCCGUCCUAUUUCACGUCUUCUCCAUCGCCUCCACCAGAUCUACCUCUCUUCCCUUCUCCCCCGAAGGAUACUGCAUCGCUCAAAUUCCGCAACCUCCUCCAUGUCCUCUCCGUGACUCCGACCAAAUACGAGAACCCUGGUCUUCUCGACGAAGCGCUUGCUCUUAUCCCACUGGACAGGUUGUACUCCGAGGCAGAGGAUGAAAGCCAGAUCUCUCAGGCCCAGGCAGCUAGCGUAGGAGGUAAACCUGAAUGGGGCUAUCAGGAUUAUGUGAUAAUGGCUUUGCUACGAUGGUUCAGGCGGUCAUUCUUUCAAUUCGUUAACAACCCCCCUUGCUCUCAAUGCUCCACGCCUACCAUCGCCCAAGGAAUGACACCUCCAAGUCCCGAUGAAACUGCCCGUGGUGCCGCUAGAGUCGAGCUUUAUCGCUGCUCCGAUCCAUCUUGUGGUUUCUAUGAGAGAUUCCCUCGCUAUUCCGACGUCUGGCAACUACUGCAGAGCAGACGAGGUCGCGUGGGUGAAUGGGCAAACUGCUUUAGCAUGCUCUGUAGGGCGGUUGGAGCCCGCGUCCGAUGGGUCUGGAAUUCAGAGGACUAUGUCUGGACUGAAGUAUACUCUGAACAUCAGAGACGGUGGGUACACGUGGAUGCAUGUGAGGAGGCGUGGGAUCAGCCUCGUCUUUACACGGAAGGAUGGGGUCGAAAACUGUCCUACUGCAUUGCCUUUUCGAUUGACGGCGCUACUGACGUUACCCGGCGUUACGUUCGGAACCCGGUAAAGCAUGGAAACCAUAGAACACGUGCACCGGAGGAAGUUCUUUUGUGGGUGAUCGACGAAAUUCGAAGAAUGCGCCGGGAGAACCUGCCGAAGGUUGAUCAAAGACGACUGAAGAAAGAAGACGAGCGGGAAGAGCGGGAACUACGCAGCUACACGGUGUCCGCUCUUGUCGCAGAAAUGAAUAAAUUGCUACCCUCUAGGCAGUCCAGUGGGAGGCCAGAUGAGAAGACACCAACUUCGCGCGACGAAGCGGCGGCGAACUUGCUCAGUGCCAGGCAGAGAGAAACCAGCCAUUCCAAUCCCGACCCUUCGCGUGAUGGGUCAUAACACCGCCUGACGAACGAGUCCUCAAUCGUCCACUUCUACGCUGUCUGUGCGGUUCCGUCUUUUAGUGUCAAUCUACAGGAUUUCCUUGUCUGACGCCCGCUAACGGAUGGCCAUAUCUCCCAGCUCCCUCGUACAAUACUUACUAGGAGGCAUGAUCGGCUGGGCCACCAACCGACGUGAAACCGGAUCAUCGCAUGAAUUAUGAUCGGCUACGAUCUUUCCGAGUUCGUGCUAUCGUUCAUCCACGAUUCAUGAUGUGAAACUGGGGAAAGUGCUAAUACUUGGCCUGUCCAAAGCUAAAGCAUUUUCCUCGCCUUUACCCUUCCCUUGGACACAAGGUUUGGACGGCUCUUCCAAUUCGUUUCGGAAGUUUUGGGAUGGAACCAUAGCCUCCCAUUCGCAUUGAAACUUCGCAACGAGUUUUCAAUGCUGCAAAAUUCGACCACCAUGUGAUAUCAUUUCUCAUCCUACCAAUUUGGUUUAUCGGUCUCUCAGCAAAUUUUCUUUCCUCUGCUACUAGUUCCGUCAUUUGACAAUUUCUCAUCAACUAUCGACAUGGCAGCUUUAAGGUUGAAGCCUUUAAUUAGUACUAUGAUGGGUUGCAUCUAGCAAAGAUCCAAUUCGACAGACAUGCCACUUAACGGGCAAUUUGUUUUCACGGUUCCUUCCUUUAAUAUUAGUUGACACCCUUUGAUGAAUUUUAAUCCGAAAACUCGCGAUCUUUCGGGGAAUGAUUUUUGCUAGCCUGGGAUGCCGACGCAUAUGGAAGAAUCUCUCACAUUAUACCGUCGGUAUGAAUUCCUGCAUAUAUUUAUUCCAUACCGAUGAAGGAGAAAGCGGCAUCGUCUUUUUUUUUUUUUUUUUUUUUCCCUCUUAUUCCACUUUCCAAUCUCUUUGGUGGUUUUUCUUUUCCUUUAUGUCCUAUCUAUCAUUAAAGCCAGAUAUAUUACUUUUCUUUGUAAUUAUCUAAUUGACACUCUGGAAGUAUCAAACUUGGUCCCAUUCC